AUGAACCAAUCUAACGAUGAUACAUUUCUAUCACGGGUAUUCGGAUUACAUUCGGUUUAUAAUCAAUUGAAUGAUAAUUAUCAAUAUUAUGAUGAUACCAAUGAUCUAGAGAAUAAUUUCAAUUCGGUGGAGCCCAUAAAUCUUUCAAAUUUAAAGAGAAGAGAUAGAGAUAUACUAAACUCUGAUAGUGAUAGUGAUAGUGAUGAAAGUGUUCAGCAAUCAAAUAUUAAUUGGAACAUUCCAAAGCAUGAUAUAGACAAUAAAGGAAAGUCCAUCAAGUUCAACAUACCUCAGGAAGGUAAUAGCAAUCAAGAUUCAAGAAAUAAUGAGUCCAGGAAUCAAGAUAGGAAUAUUAAUAAGGGCCAAAGUAGUAUUUUGGGUAAUAGGACCAAGAAACCAACCGUUGAACAUAACAAGAAGUUUCGUUCAAGAUUCCAAAUACCUCCAAAGGAAAGAGCAUUAUACUUAUGGGCUAAUAUAGUGAACAUGGACGAAUUCUUGAAUGAUAUGUAUUAUUAUUAUCGUAACAGAGGAGUCAAUAAUAUAGUGUUAUCAAAAGUGAUAGAUUUGUUUAUCAUUGCAUUCAUCCUUUGGUUUAGUGUAUUCCUUAAAUGGGGAGUCAAUUACGAAGCAUUUCAGAAUUGGGAUAUAAAUUAUGAUGAGAAGAUAACUUUGAACGAUCUAGUAAGACCUCAUUAUAUCUGGAAUUUACCCAUUUUCAUAAAGUUUCUAUUACUUGGGUUUGUAAGUUACAUAAUAUUAAGGUCAGUUCAAUUAUAUUUCGACUACAAAUAUAAGUUGAAGGAGAUUCAAAACUUCUAUCAUCAAUUGAUAGAUAUAAGAAACGAUGAUGAGUUAAUGACCAUAAGUUGGAUUAAAGUUGUUGAAAAGAUUCUACAAUUAAAAAGUUUCAAUAGUUUAACAAGCGAUGAUAAUGAUAAGAUUUUGAAUGAUUUGAGUUCAAAAAUAAGACUUAAUCCACAAGAUAUUGCCAAUAGGAUUAUGAGGAAAGAGAAUUAUUUUAUUGCAUUGAUAAAUAAAGAUAUAAUCGACCUUUCGGUGAAUUUUGGACCUAUAAAAUUGACAAAUUCUAAUGUUUUAACCAAAACCUUGGAAUGGAAUUUAAAAUUAUGUAUCUUCAAUUUCAUCUUCAAUACUAAUGGACAAAUAAAUAAUAACAUUUUGAAAGAUUUCAAUAGAAACCAAUUAUCAGCGGAUUUGAAUAAAAGAUUCAAAAUGGCAGCUAUAAUAAAUUUGAUACUUUCACCAUUUUUGGUAAUUUAUUUUAUUUUAUUAUACUUUUUCAGUAAUUUUAAUGAUUAUAGAUUAAAUCCUUCAUACUUGAUCAAUUUAAGGCAAUUUACUCCAUUUGCUGAAUGGAAAUUAAGAGAAUUUAACGAAUUACCCCAUUUUUUCAAUAAAAGGAUCAAACUUUCUAUUGGGCCUUCAAAUAAUUAUAUAAAUCAAUUUCCAUCAAGUUUCCUUGUAAUUAAUUUCACUUAUUUGGUGAACUUCAUAAGUGGUUCAAUUUUAACUAUAUUAGUAAUAUUUGGAUUGCUUCUAGAAGAUGAAGAUCAUAGUUUUUGGUCAUUUGAAUUGACAGAGAACAGAUCAACAUUAUUUUACAUUAGUAUCUUUGGUACAAUUUUUGCUAUUACUUCCAACGGUUCACCUUCAUCAUCAACCGGUGCGAGUGAUAAUGAUAAUAAGAACUACUAUUAUGAUCCAGAAGCAUCUAUCAAGUAUGUUUCACAAUUCACCCAUUAUUUACCUUCCCAUUGGCAAGGUAAAUUGCAUACUCAACAAGUGAAAAAUGAAUAUUGUCAAUUGUUCAAUUUGAAGAUUUUAAUCAUAUUUAAUGAGAUUUUAAGUAUUAUAUUAACUCCAUUUUUACUAUGGUUUAAGAUGUCUAAUUUAUCAAGUUCAAUAAUUGAUUUUUUCCGAGAUUAUUCCAUUCAUAUUGAUGGUUUAGGAUAUAUUUGUUAUUUCUCCAUGUUUAAUUUUGAACAGAAAGAUAAGAAUAUGAUGGCUAACAAUAAGCAUAAACGUAAAAAAUCAAAUGAUUCUGAUUUAUAUCAAGAUGAUAAGAUGAUAAAAUCUUACAUGUAUUUCCUAGAAAGUUAUCAACCGGAUAAUGUUACAACCACAGCUACUAAACCAGUAACUAAAAAGGAUAGUCCAGAUAAUUCUAAUUUUAUUAACUCAUAUGAAUUCAAUGCUUCUGAUGAUGAAGAAGAGAUCAAAUUAGGGAAAUCAGGAGUUUUGGGAAUGUUGAAUCAAUUUUAUAAACAAGAUUUAAAUAAGAAUUAA